AUGAGGGCUGGACUUCUCAUAAUCGGUUGCGCAGCAUUGCUACGGCUAUCUACGGCGCAACUUCAUGAUGUUGUCACCGACGUUGUCACUGACAUAGAAUAUGUCACCUAUGAUUCUGAAGACGUAAUCGUGUACGUUAACGACGCAAAUCAACCCGUGUCUACAACCACAGUGUACAAGGGACUUGUGCCGCACACCCCGGCGCCAACACCUUCUAACCCUCCAGCGCCUCCCGCCGAGUCGCCUUCUAACACUCCAGCUCCUCCCCCAGAAUCGCCUUCGACCCCUCCAGCACCUCCUUCGAAAUCGCCCUCUUCGCCCUUGGUAGCUCCCAAGCCAAAGCCGUCGACUCCAGCUCCAGCCCCAUCGCCGGUCUCUCAACCCACGGAAGCAAUGGCCCCAGCGCCUUCACCUAAUCCAAGCCAAAACCCAAGCCCCGAAGAAUCUGGUUCAGGUGGUCCAGGGUUCAGCUCCGCCGUUGCUUACACGCCAUACAACGCCGAUCAAUCCUGCAAAAGCGCUUCACAAGUGGCGGCUGACUUUCAAAAAAUCAGCGGCUAUGAGGUAGUACGGUUGUAUGGAACAGACUGCAAUCAAAUUAGCAAUGUAAUCGCUGCUACGCACAGUAGCGUCAAACUUCUUCUCGGCAUCUUCGAUAUCAAUUCCUUACAAAGCGAAGUUCAAAUUAUAUCCUCGGCCGUCAACGGGGACUGGUCGCUCGUGAACAGCAUUAGUGUUGGCAACGAGCUGGUGAACACGGGUCAGGCAUCUGCAUCGCAAGUCGUUGCCGCCAUUGGCACUGCUAAGGCUGCCCUCAAGGCUGCUGGCUAUAACGGGCCAAUUGCUACAGUUGAUACUAUGAUGGCCAUGAAAAACAACAUUGAACUUUGCACCGCUUCUGACUUCUGUGCCAUCAAUUGUCACGCAUUCUUCGACGGCAAUACCUUGCCCGAGGACGCGGGACAAUUUGUACAAAAUUGGGUCAAGCAAAUUUCAGAAGCUGCAGGAGGGAAGACGACCAUCGUUACAGAGUCAGGGUGGCCUCAUCAAGGAGACCCAAACAACAAAGCUAUACCGAGUCCGGAAAAUCAAGCUGCGGCCAUUGCCAGCUUGAAAGCGGCUUUUGGUGGCGGCUCAAAUCUGGUCAUGUACAAUUCGUACAAUGAUCUAUGGAAGUCCGAUUCGGCGGAUACUUUUGGGUCAGUGUUCUUGGCAAUGUCAUGA